CUUUUAUAUGUCAAAAGAGAUAAGGAAAAGUCAUAAUUCUUGUACAAUAUGGUUGCAAGUAUUACAGCAAUAAAUCUUCUGUUUGCAGUUUCUUUGGUAACUGCCUUGCCUUCUUCCUGUCCUCGGGGCUGGAUACACCGGGGAACGUCUUGUUAUCUGUUUGUCAAUGACGCUGUUGACAGGGAGGAUUGGAUGGUGGCCAUGUCCUAUUGCAAUAGUCUGCAUGCAAAGUUAGUGGAAAUUGAAACAGUUACUGAGGAUGAAUUUUUACGUUUGUAUCUGUUGGACCACAAAAUGACAGGAAACUAUUGGAUUGGUAUGUCAGAUAUACAGGCUGAAGGGGUGUGGGUAUGGACUUCUUCUCAGAACACCCCUACUUAUAGCAAUUGGAACCCUGGUCAGCCCGACAAUUCAGGGAAGGAGGACUGCGGAAGUUUGCCUUCUUGGUGUGGAUUUCAUUGGAACGAUUAUCCUUGCAAUAUGAUCAACAACUUUAUUUGCGAAAAAGAAGUGAUGAGUCAGGAGGAAAUCGUAGGAUGAUUUUAAAGACAAUUCUACACAUCAUUAGAAUAAACAUCAAACACGA